UCCUCCAAUGUUCAGUCCUGCAGUGGCGCACGCGGGCUCGGAGCUCCCGCCGGCACGAGCGCAGACAUCUGAGGAGUCCGUUUAGUUUCAAAGGAGAGCCGACAGAGACACAAAGAGGUCCGCUGAUGACGGAGCUCACCGCGGAUUCACUCUCACACACGGACCGGGAGGAUUCAGGAGGAACUUUACACCAGUCUCCGUCUGUUUUUUUCUUUCUUUUUUUUCAUCUUCUCCUCCUCGCUCAGCACCUGAAUGCUUCCUCAGCAUCUUCAGAGAGGAUCCACGCACCAUCAUCAGCAAACAAUGACUGAACAAACGAGGCUGGAUCUGCGUUCAUUUGAAGGUAGGCGCUGCGUUUGCUUUUAUUUCUCCCUCUCCUGGUUUUUCCUCUCUGUGCCUUUUUCUCGACUUGAGACUGAAUGUUCUUUUUAUUUUGCUCGCUCACUUUUAAGUUUGUACAUAUUUAUUUUACUUUAACUCUUUGUACCUGACUCUCUCUGACAUUUUGGAGAACAAUAUAACAGCACAAUGAUAGAUUUACUUUAAAAGUGAUACCUGAAAGUGUGAAAAAUUCAUCUUAAAGCUACUCCGGAUGCACCGAUCUGAUAUUUGGAUCGGAUAUUUGAUGAAUGACGCCGAUCGAGCGUUCCGAUCCAGUCUUUGUUUUCUUUUAAUCAAUAUCACACUCAACAACACAGCAAUUCUGUUUGUUCUAUAUUCUAUGUCUGUCUAAAUGUUAACAUGGAAGUCUUACUUCUUUUUGCUGUGUGCUAAUGUGCAGUUUUUUAUUUAAUAAAUUAUACGAGGUAAAUUUAUAUUUGUGUUAAUUUGUUACCUUUUUUAAACAAGGCUAAUGUCAAGCCUGAUGCCUUCACUCACAGAGUCAGGUAUACAGUUCAUUCAUUCAUCAGUAGUAUUGGAUCUGUAUUGGAUAUCGGCCGAUAUAUUCAGCCCAGGUAUCAGUAUCGGAAAAAAUAGAUCUGUGCAUCUCUAGAAGUUACACUCCAAAUAUCCUUUUCCUGAAUCUGUAAAAUCUUCUUGCAUGUUUAAUUUGUUCAAACUUUGAUUCAAACCUGCUCUGUCUCUUCAUGAAUCUGUUACUUGAUGUUGUGUUGUCUGCUGCAGAUCUGCAGGUGGACCCAUUGUCUGAUGCCUGCUGUGUUUCUCUGAACAGAUUUGAUUGCAUCGAGGACUGGGGUGUGAGGGGAGGAGAAGUGUAAGGAGGAGGAGGAGGAGGAGGAGGUUUACGCUGGGUCUGCCUUCCUUGAAGGUGAGAAAGUCUAUUAACAGCUGGUGGGGGAUUAUCAGGUUCAGACCGCCACUCCCAGGAGGACAAAAUGUACAUAUCGAGGCUUCACUGGGACCAGUAAUGACCACCGUCAUGACUCCAGCUGACUCAUAAGACCUGGUCUUAAAUGGGGGACUGUGACUCGCCCCCAGAGGUUUUAAUUCCAGUUCACAAGAGGGUCAAGUGGAACCGGAUGUGAUGUCUUCGGAGAGGAUUUCCCUCCUCUUUGGAUUUAAUAUUCCCUGGAUUACAGAUGCAGUGAUUGAGAUUUUUGGUCUCAAACCGUGGAUGUAAAGCUUUUCUAAUUAAGCUCGUCAUACUUGGUCUGCUUGGUUUUAUCUGAGGAGUACAGCAUGGAUCUCUCCCAGGUCCAGCAGCCCGGCUGGAGCCCGGUUCGGCCCAGUUUCUCACCCCUGCUGCAGCACCAAGACUUUCAGGAAAGAUUGAACCGCACAAACAGCCUCCACAGCUCUAUACUUCUGCCCUCCACUCUCAGCUCAUCCACAGCCUCCAUCCAUCAACCUCUGCCCUCUCUGCUGCCCUCCUCCCCUGUCCCUCACCCCUCCUUCAUCUCCUCCCCUUUAUUCUCCACCUCAACCUCAUCCUUUAAGCAAACAUCCACUCUUGUUUACCAACCGUCCGCCUCCUCCUUCCCUUUCUCCCUGUCCAGCUUCUCCCCCAAUGACUUAUCUGACCUGGAGAGCAUGCUCCUCUGGACUCUCCACGAGCCCACCACCAUCGCUCUCACCAUCAUGUACUGCUUGUCUUUCAUUCUGGGAUUUGUCGGGAAUUUAAUGUCCCUGCGUGUCCUCACCAACAGGCGGAGCAGGCGGCUCGCAGGUGUCAGCGCAACACGUAACCUCCUCGUGAACCUGGCGGUGUGUGACCUGGCUGUGGUGUGCGUGUGCAUGCCUAUCACCUUGGGAAGUCAGAUCUACACAGCCUGGGUUUACGGGGACCUCCUGUGUCGAGCGGUGCCGUUCACUCAGGCCGUCUCAGUCUCAGCCAGCGUGUUGACGCUCACAGUGAUCAGUGUCAAUCGCUACUACAGCGUCCGAUCGCCGCUGCGAGCACGCUCCAUUUUUACCCGCCGGCGAAUACUGGCGACUGUCGCCGUGGUGUGGAUUAUAUCUUUCAUCAUAUGUGCGCCGAUCACAGUGAUGAACCGGAGACGGGAGAUCAGUUUUGGGACGUUUGCCAUCUUGGUGUGUCAGGAGGAGUGGCCUCAGCAUCGGCUCAAACAGGGGUAGGUACUCCGAUUGAAAAACGCUCUGAUGGAUGCUGGCAACAUAGUUUGGAGACAAAACAUGCCCAGAAGCUGUCUGGGUUUUAUAAACUGCAUAAUUUAUCUCACAUUUCUUUACUAAUGAAAACAGACUCUGGAUAAAACAUGAAACCGCCUCAGGGCCACACGGUCCACAGAAAAACUGAUUCAGGCACGUCAUUGAAGCAGGCGUGCGUGUUUCACGUCCAGAGACUCGACCCACAUGUGCCAUCUGUUAACUCCAAGAUGGCUUAUGGGGCGUUCACACCAAACGAGAGUGAAAUCAUUCAUGCAAAUGAAAUAUAUGUAAAAUCACUGUAAGGACGCCAUUUGACGCUUGUACUACUCUGGCGGUGCUAAUAACGCAAAGUGGGCAAAUUGAGCGAGCUGUUCGCCAAAUGGCGUGAAUUCGCGACCAUUUUACUCACAAAACUCAUAAAAAAAUCAGCUGAAGUAACAAAUGUUUUUUCCUGUAAAUACGGCGGUGAAGUUAGUUUUAGGUUAAAUCUACUCGACACCCUCACUGUCAACGUCGGUGUUGAAUAAGGGACCGUCAAUAAAUUACCGGCUGAUGUUCUCAGAAAAGGCUGUUUUCCCUCAAUCGCUUCCAUGUCAUGUGACCAAAAGAACUAAAAUUGAUUUCAAAUAAUAAUACUAAGGUCGAUCAAUAAGUCAAACAUUAUUUGAUCUGUUGUCAUUGUGCCCCUAAAGUUCUUUGUGUGCUCCUUACUUUUUCGACUUAGAGCAGAUGCGCUCCUUCUGAAAAAAGUUCGUGUCAAGCCCUGAUGUAUGAAAAUGGACCUGAAGACGUUUCUGUUGUGAAAAUAGAAACACAAAACCUUUUCCUCACAGUAGACAGAUGAUAGAGCGCCUGUCAUCUGUAUUCUGGAGGGAUAUCCUGACACCGACCCUCACCAACAGGUCAUCAAAUUAGGGUCAGGUAUACGGAAAAUAAUGCUAGAAACGGACGUCAUCUGGAAAGACACAGUUACACCUACAUCUCCGAUGGUUGUAGUCCUUCCACAACAAAAUCAAAACAGCGAUCCACUGAACGUGGUUCACUCCUACCAUGCUGGAUGGAGAGCACGGCUUUUUUAAUAAAAACAGGAAUAAAAAGGACUCGCCAGGAGGAAAGGAGGUGAGGAGGUCAGAUUAUCUGGUAAAUUGUGAAAAAACAUCGAUCACCUGAUCCUGCCGGUUGAAUUGGCAAAGACCACUGUCGAAAUUAGCACGAAUAGACUAAAAGAUUCUCCCGAAUAGAACAAAUAGAUGAUUUUGUUUGUGUUUGGUGUGAAAGCCCCGUUAUACUGAAUCCUGUCAGCAGGGGGAGCUCUGAAUGUUUUGGCUUCACUUCUUUAGAGGGAUGGCGCUGAUUCGAUGCGGUUCUUCAGAUUUAAUCUUUUCUUGACCAAAAACCUGUGAAAUCUGAGGAUAUGUGAGACGUUUGAACCCGAAUCAUGAACUGAUUGGUGUUAUAAUUGAGUCAGGAUAAAUUAAGGUUUUUUUUUUAAACACCAAUUACGCUGCAGGCUUCUUUCUUUAACUUUGAGUUUGGACAAAAUGGCUCCUCCUUAUCUCUUCGCUAAUAUCCUCCUCCGUUUUCUCUUCCCGCCUCUUUUCUGACAUCUUCCUCAUGUCAGGCAGUAAAAUUGACUGUGUGCUGAAAAUCAAUUUGGUGCUGCCCCCGCAGGUCAUACAGGGACGUUGAUAUUAAUUUGAGUUUAUUUCAUGAUUUAUUGAAAUUCCCUCGAAUGCAGGCCGGCUGCUCUCUCAGGAUUCACAUGUGUUGCAUACAAUAAUGUAACACCAGCAGACCUUGACAUCUUCAGCACCAGGAGUUUGUGUGAAAACAAUUUCUCCUCUGUCAGAUAAUCGUCUCUUGAAAGCCAUUUGAGCAUGAAAAAAAAAUCCCUGCAGACUGACGAUAAAAGACAGCUCUCUGAUUAGCCGUUCAGCCAAAUGAAUUAAAAGGUUUUCUCCUGUUUUAUUCUCUCGGAGGAAAGAGACCCAGAAGUGACGGCAGCAGCAGAGCAAAGACGAAAUUAACAUCCCUGUGUCGGCUGCAGACUAAACUGUGAUUUUGAAGAUUUUUCUAACAACAAAACUGUGUGAUAUCUUUGAAUCAAAGUUUGGAUGACCUGGUUCAGACGUUAAAGAUCAAACACAGGUCUGUUACAGAAAGACUUUCGCUCUUAUGCCUCUCGGGUUUUGUACGACUUCAUCAGGAGCUGUGAAAAGGCGUCAGAACACCUCGCGUCGUAUUGUCUUCUCUGUUCUUUUAUCUCAUUUUCUGUUCAGCGGGUCUGAAACUGAAACUUCAAAGUGUUAGAAAAAAAAAAAGCGUUGAUUGAACAAGAUUCAGUCGAUCGCUUUUUUUCUUUUCAAGUUUUAAUGGAGAGCCGAGCUAACGAUGUUGACGUGGAUGAAAAUCGCCUUUUGUUGAGCUGCCGUCUUUGACACUGAGAUUUUGCAGUUUUUAAACCGUUCGCUUUUCUUCCGCAGGUACAACGUGCUGCUGUUUGUGAUGCUCUAUUGUCUGCCCGUGACCUUUAACCUCACCAUCGGCUUCCUGACCGGCAGACGGCUGUGGGGUGGAACGAAAUCCACCUUCGCCGAUCUGGAUCCUCGCAGCCAAGCUCUGCAUGUAUCCCGCCUCAAGACGCGCCAAAAGAUCGCCAAGAUGGUGGUGUGUCUGGUCCUGCUGUUCACCGUUUCCUGGCUGCCACUCUACCUGACUGACCUUUGGAUUGAUUGCAAUCAAAGGCCGCCAUCUUGGCUCCUGCAGGCGCGCCCGUUCGCCCAGUGGCUCGGCUUGACGAACUCGAGCCUCAACCCCAUCUGUUACUGCUUCAUCGGGGAUCUGUACCGCUCAGCCAAGGUGAUACGAACCAGAUACUACCAGAAGGUGGCCUCUCUCUUCGGCUCCGCGUCCUUCUCCAGCUCAGUCGCCGUGACGUCUCCCGUCACAACGACUCAGGACACCAAAGUAACAACGACGGAGCACCACCAUAUUGCGGCAGCUGCAGCUGUGGCGGCGUCCGCCUCCAUCGUGACAGUCCCCAGGUUGUUGAGCCUGGCGAGAGGCCAGGGGCUGGUUCACAAAAUCGGAGACAGUUCAGACAGCCGAGUGGGAUCGGACCACAGUAUCUCAGACUGGUGUCGGUCCAGUCCCAGCGUGUGUGACAGCUCCUUGUUUCAGUGCCAGCUACACACUUUUACAAACUCCAUACACAAAACGGACUUCCUGCCCAUGAGGAGACACUCUGUGAACGACAACAUUGGGUCAUUACCUUUAAAAAUGGAGUCCGCGGAAAUAGACGUAAUGCCAUUAAGGAGUUUUUCAGGGGAGGGGAUAUAUGGUCUGUCACACGAUAAGAGAGACAUCAUUACUAUGAGCAGAGACGCUUUCUGUUACAGCCGGCAGCACAGAAGCAAAACAUCACAGACCGACUCUUUGGUGGAAGACAGGGAGGAGGAAACCACCGACAUGACCAGCCUGUAAACUCUGCUGCAGACGGACCGAUUCAUCAGCAGGGACGACUUUUUCACACAGCUCCUGAUUUUACGAUUUGUAAUUGGCCGUGUGAGUUAAUCCCUCAGCAAAGCCAUUGUUUGACUCGAGGCUAACGUGACCCGCUCUCCGCUCUCGUUGUUUUCCCUUCAUGUCCAGGAAAGCACAAGGGAUCAAGAGCUGUUGUUUACUCCGACCAGGGCAGGUUGAGGGAGCUGUGAUGGAGUGAACCCUGCAGGGUAAAGAGUCAGAGUGAUAUUUAGCUCCGGGCGAGAAAGCUAUUUAUCUGUAAAGAGGAUGGAUUGCAGCGGCAGUGCGCUGCCACAUACAAAACAUACAAGUGAUUGAGUCCACAGCGGGGUUUAAUUUCUGCUCCGAACAGCAACACAGCAGGACAGAACGGCGAUGUAAGCGAUAAGUUUCAGCCCUCCUCUUCUUUUCUUUCUCAUCGCUUCGUUUGGUUUGUGUUUGACGCUCGUGUAAAGGUUAAACCUCGUCACAGUGUAACGCAGUAACACACACACCGAAUCACACACGCAGAUAAAGCAUGCGCCGAGGGAGUUUGACGUGUCUGUGCCGGAUAAUGUCACCAUCAUCACCGUCUGCAGACUGUGAAGGAAACGUGCCGAGGCAGCAGCGUGCAGCCAAUCAGGGAAUUCACAGGAAGAUGAAAUUUACUGUACAUGAAGCAGAAAAUCAAACUGUCAGAGAAACAAUGAAUGGAUUUGUUUUUCUUUUUUUUUUCUAUCUCUGAGGUAACGAGACAGACGUGAGGCCAGAGAGCCGAGCUCAGAGUUUAAAGGGUCAGUUUCCGUGUUUUCUCCGGAGCUGUUGUCUCCUCUGUUUCAUCUGUUUUUACCGCAGCUCUGUCUCCAAGAAAUCAUACUCAUUUGCAGCUAAUUUGCAACAGCAAAUGCUUUUAUGGGGAAAUGUAAUGCCGUCCAAUUAUGUUUGCUAUUACCAUAAUAAAAAGCUAAUGCAAAUUAA